CCUUACCACAACAGAAAUUCCAUUCGACGCCGCUCUUUCAGUACCACUCGUCCGACCUAGCUCCCCAACGUCUCCCGCUUGCGUAGCAAAGAGUAUCUAGCAUGCGAAAAGUCUUAUUAGUCGUUGCAGCGUCAUCUCUAGCGUCCUCUGUCGUCGCUUCGCAGCAGCACGGACAGCUGGAUGUUCACAUACCACGCGACCACUAUGACCUGCGCCAGUUAAACGGCCUUUCCGGAACUACAACCGCCAACUCGCCCGCGACGACGACAGCUGCACAAACAUCGUCAGAAGCCCAUAGUGCCACCACAUCAGCUACCUCUGCUGCCCCAGCUCCGUCCACAACCCAACAGGCAUCCUCUGCCCAACCCACAUCCACCACGCAAGCUUCUUCGACUGCUGCUCCUACAUCCACACAGCCUCCAGCAGACUCCGCCACCAGUCAGAAGAGUACCGUCGUGGGUACCGUUGGAACAAAUUCAGCGGGAGACCUCAUCACCAGCGUGGUCACUGUCGCUGCAUCCUCUUCGCCUAGUCUUACUACUCCUCCGUCAGAGGACGAUAGUUCAGAUAGCGGCGUCGGUACUGGUACUAUCAUCGGGUUGUCUGUAGCAGGCGGUGUGGCAGUCAUUGCCAUACUUUGCUUUUUCGUCUGGAAAUUCACUCGAAAGCGGUUCACAGACUUCGACGACAACGAAGCUAUCAAAUGGCCAGAGCUCAACAGUCACGGUGGUGGUGGCGGCGACGUGCACGCGCUGCCCACGAAUUCCACCGGACGCGCUGGGUUUGGUGCAGAGAAUGAUUCCGAUCUCAACUUGACACGGGCACCAAGCCCCGGUGGCACUUACGCCCAAUCUAUCACAACAUCGUCCGUUGGUGGCGCACAUGACCCAUACGCAGUCCCCCCGCUUCCCCACCUUAAUCCGAACCAACCGUACAGAGAUGACCCAGGGGCAUUUGGUCAACCUGGCUUCUACGACCCAUAUAGAGGUCCGAUACCUAACACCUUCGGUGAAGGGGUAGUAGAACCCGGUGUAGAGGCGAUCCCUAUGACACAAAUGGCUAGGACCAGGAGUCCUGCACCGCAACUUGCAUACGAUAUGCAUGGUCGAGCUUCGCCAAGUCCGCAGGCGGGCUAUGGCUACGGCCCUGGAAUAGUGGAACGAGCUGCAAGCCCUGCACUGAGCGGAACAAGAUCACCCGCUCCACACGCUGCCCCAUAUGGAUAUGGUCAAUAGCACCGCUGCGCAGCGCUAAUUUCGGGUGAUUCUUGGGAUGCGUCUUGGGUUGGUAGUCAUGAUCUGGAAAAUGUGGGGUUCAAGUUAUAAUGGAUGAGUGCUCGAGGACUGAUACCCGCCGCACCGAUU